CAACACGUGCUUGUAUAAAGGGAUCUUUAAUUUACUGCCAAAAUAGAAGCAGUUCUCCAAACAAACGAUAGGCGGCAGUAGAUUGGUUUCCAGGAGGUCUUUUCUUCCUCCUCCUCCUCCUCCUCCUCCUGUUUUCCGGGAAAUAAAGUGAAACUACAACUGUUUGUUUUAAAACUACAAGCACAGACUGUGCUGCAGCAGUAGUCGACUCGUCUCUGCAGAGUGAGUUAGGAUGUCGGCCGUGAAGAUGUCCGAGGGGAGCGUGCAGGUGGACGGCUGUGGAGCGCCGCUGUUCUACAGACAGAGUGAACCUGCCACUGGGGAAGCGAACAUGUCAGUUUUACUCCUGCACGGGAUCCGCUUCUCAUCAGAGAACUGGCUCAGCAUCGGCACUCUGGAGACUCUGGCCCGGGCCGGCUGCCGUGCGGUGGCCAUCGACCUGCCAGGACUCGGCCAGUCUAAGUCAGCCCAGGCCCCGGCACCGGUGGGAGAACUGGCCCCUGCGAGCUUCCUGAAGGAGGUGUGUGAGCAGCUGGGCCUGGGCCCCCUGGUGGUGAUCAGCCCGUCCCUCAGUGGGAUGUACUCGCUCCCUUUCCUCCUCCAGCACCAGGCUCUGGUCCGAGCCUUCGUCCCAGUAGCUCCCAUCUGCACCGACAAAUUCACAGCGGAGCAGUACCAGAGUGUCACGGUCCCAUCUCUCAUCGUCUACGGCGACCAGGACGCUCAGCUCGGAGAGGUGUCGCUCCGCAACCUGAGCAAUCUGGCCAAUCACAGCGUGGUGGUGAUGAAAGGAGCGGGUCAUCCCUGUUACCUGGACGACCCGGACACUUGGCACAAAGCUCUCACAGACUUCCUCAACACGCUGUGAAGCUGUUCGCUGUGCGUCGGUGGAGAGAUGACUCAGAUGAGUCACACACAUAAAUGCACUGUUCACUCAUGGGACAUUCAGAUCACAGACGUCCCCCUGUGUGACCGGAUUAUGACUUUUUCACUUGUUAAUGAGAGUUUUUAAAAGAAAAAUUCACAGUUUUGGUAGAGAUGUUUACUGAGCAAGGGAUCAUGUGGCAAAUUAAACAGAGAUUUGUUCUUUUCACUGUCACAAGAGUGAUAUUAAUCUGAAGAAAAAGAAUACUGUAUUUUACCAAAAUGUUUUUUUUUUUCUUAAAGCAACACAAUGUAGUUUUUUUUACCUUAAAAAUCAGCUUCUAAAUUGUUUUUCGAUGGUACUCAAGCUUAAAAUAGGGAGAGAGGCGUCUCUGGUAUUAAAUUAUACCCUGGUGUUGUGCAGUAAUGUUUUACUCUGUACAUCACACAUACCAGAGCUGGAAGAAUCAUUUAGCUGGUCAGGUAUUUCCCCCUGAAUACAGACAUGUUCAGUGUAAAAUCCAGCUAAUCUGACCGAACCCAAAUAUCGUUUCAAAAGUUUAGUACGAACCUGACUAAUCCAUUGGGACGACUGGAUCCAAACUCUAGUAUGGACAUCACGGCAGAUGGCGGUGAAAACAAGGAGAACAUAGUCGGAGGGGUAGAAGAGGAGGAAAAUAGAAAAAAGCUGGAGAAGAGUGAAUAUCGGACCAGUUUUUAUUUUUACAAUCUUUUAUAAAAGAGGUUAGAGGAUGCAGGACAGAUGCCGACCUGGCUAAUCUCCUGAAGGGGGAACUAGAGAGCAAUUCGUACAUUAAGUUGCCUUUAUACUGCACCAUAAAACCUUGUGUUACUGUAUUUUACAACUGAUUGAGCCACAUUUAGUAUUGAUUAUUAGUAGAUUGUAUAUUUUCAUUUCAACAGAUGAAAUAAAUGAAUCCGCUGCGUCUCUCUGAAAAAAAAAAAAUCAAACACCACACGCGGAAAUGAAGUGAAAAAUAUGAACAUUAUUUAAUAACUGAUUCUCUGUAAUAAACAAUUUGAAAAUA